CAAAGUCAAAAUCCAAAACCAAAUUCCUACAGAUUUUUUCACUGCUGUUUCUUGUUUUUUCAAACACUCCUUUCCAUUUUAAAAACUCUGCGGAAAACUCCCAAUCGGUUUCUGGGCAUCUUUUUUUCCCUCUUUAGUCCAAUCCCUUUUUCCCAUUUCGCUCAGUGAGUGGAAAAGGGAGCAUCUUUUUUGUGCUUUUAAUUUGUAUUUUUUUCUUGUUAUUUUUUUCAUGAUCGAAUGUUGUUUAUGUUGUGAUAUGUGUGAAUUGGGUUGGAAUUAUUGGAUGUGUAUGAAUUGCUGAAGUGAAAAGAUUAAGUUUUUAUUGAGAUUAAAUGGGUGGUCUUCCGGUUGGCGGCGGAGUAGCGGAGAUGGCUUCACAUUCACCUCCAUUCGCUGAGCCGAACCGGUUGGAGAUUGGGGCGGAAAAUUGGGCGGUGGCUGAGAGAGCCGCGGCUGAGAUAAUUGGAAAGGCACAACCCACUCCUGUGUCAGAGGAGAGAAGAAAAGAGGUGGUUGAUUAUAUUCAGAGAUUAUUCAGGGAUUGUGUUGGCGCUGAGGUCUUCCCGUAUGGAUCCGUGCCACUAAAAACAUAUCUUCCAGACGGAGACAUUGAUUUAACCGCCUUUGGGGGCGCACAUGUCGAAGAUACUUUGGCAGAUAAAAUGAGAUCUGUAUUAAAAGAACAAGAAGCAAAUACAGAUGCUGAGUUCGUAGUAAAGGAUGUUCAACUCAUCCGCGCUGAGGUUAAGCUUGUGAAAUGUAUUGUUCAGGAUAUUGUUGUGGACAUAUCGGUUAAUCAAAUUGGGGGCCUGUGUACUUUAUGCUUCCUCGAGCAGGUUGAUCGUCUGAUUGGCCGAGACCAUCUGUUCAAGCGCAGUAUUAUCUUGAUCAAGGCAUGGUGCUACUACGAAAGUCGUAUUCUUGGUGCUCAUCAUGGGUUGAUUUCUACUUAUGCCUUGGAGACGCUCGUGCUUUACAUUUUCAAUCUGUAUCACUCAGCUCUAGAGGGACCUUUAGCCGUUCUAUACAAGUUUCUGGACUGUUUCAGCAAAUUUGACUGGGAUACUGGCGUAGUUCGCCUUUCUUCACUGCCAGAUUUUGUUGUUGAGAUCCCAGAAGAUAGUGACAAACAUUUAUUGCUGAGCAAUGAUUUCCUGAAUAAUUGUAUCCGCAUGUUUUCAGUUCCCUCUAGAGUUGGUGACAAAACUCCACUUGUGUUUCCGAAGAAGCAUCUUAAUAUAGUUGAUCCACUGAAAGAUUUGAAUAAUCUUGGGCGUAGUGUCAGCAAAGGGAACUUGUACCGGAUACGCAGUGCCUUCUCCUAUGCAGCUAGAAAACUUGCAAGGAUACUACUACAGCCUCAAGAUUCCAUUGCUAACGAGCUUACAAAGUUCUUCGCAAACACCAUGGCAAGACAUGGAGGUGGACAAAGGCCUGAUAUUCAGGAUUUCGACAAAUUGCUAAUAAGCAACAGAGCUGUAUCUGUUGUUCCCUAUCAAGGGAUUUGUAGAACUGACAAUUUUGACGAAUACAUAGAGGCGUAUGCCGUAUCAACUGCAGCUUGGCAGCCUAGUUCGGGUAAAAUGUCCGAAGAUUUUCCUCAGGGGAUUCAAAAGACAUUAGACAUUGAUUUGGGUUCUCAAACUCCAAGGGCAGAAGAGAGUGUCAAUGGAAUCAUAGAUUCAUAUAAGUUGGAUGUUGGAAAGAAUGCUUCUUUAUCAGCCUUUUCAGGAACCGGUGAAGGAGGAGUUUCUACUGUUGGCAGUCGUGAAGAAAACAUGUCAGUUGACAAUUGCAACACAGUGUUUUCAGCUGAACUGAGGGAUUCUAAUCAUGUGGUAACGGACCAGUGUCGCGCAAGUAUGAGUGGAUUGGCCGAAUCAUUAAAUUCAAUGGAUCUUACGGGGGAUUAUGAUUGUUGCAUUCGACAUUUGCAAUAUGGUCGAUGGUGCUAUGAAAAUGGCUUAGGUGUGCAUCCUUUGCCCGUGCAUCCUUUGCCAAGACCUACCUACCCGUGGGAAGGUUUCCCUGUAUUACAUUAUAAUCAGAACAGUUUCUCCCAUCAUCACAGUGGCUUUCAUCAUAGUCCGGUUAUCUAUGGCAUACAACCCGUACUUUUGCCAGCUGUCCCAUUUCCAUGGGAGGAUGUGCCAAAACACCGCGGGACGGGAACAUAUUUGCCAUAUAUGAAUACGUCGCCUCAUGGUAAUAGAUUUCCGGUUCAGAAAGAAAGUAUCCAGGCACCGUCAGGAUCCACACGUCAUCACAACUGGCGAAAUAUGAGCUUUCCGGAGCCAAAUAUGCUAGACAGAAGCAGCCACGAGCUCUCACAGCCCGUUGACAAAGCUGUAGCUUCUGGUGGUAGCUCGUCCGACAACUUCCCUCCUCAUCAGUACGGGCAUCCUAGUGCAAAUGGCUCGCUCAUCUACCGGGAGGGCACUGAAGUUGAGCUGGUUGGACAUCCACCCGGGUCAGAAAAUAGUUGGCCACAAAGAACAGUCUCUUCGUCUCCCAGAACUCCGUCUGGGGCCCACAAAGCUGUAGCCUCUGGUGCUAGCUCGUCCGACAGCUACCCUCUUCAUCAGUACGGGCAUCCUAACGCAAAUGGCUCGCUCAUCCACCGGGAGGGCACUGAAGUUGAGUUUGUUGGACAUCCACCCGGGUCAGAAAACAGUUGGCUACAAAGAGCAGUCUCUUCGUCUCCCAGAACUCUGUCUGGGGCGCACAAGACGCAAACUGCACUAAGCAGUGAGCAGGAUCGGAUUGCGUCGAGGUCUUCAUACCGACUCAAGGAUGAAGACGACUUCCCUCCAUUGUCCAACUGACAGCGGUAACGCUUAUAUUGUUGUUUGUUAUCGCAUAAAGAAUGGGCAAAGCUCUUGGAUUUUCUUCCCAAACUAGUGUGCCCGAGGUGGCUUGCACCUCUUUGGUGUCGACUCCCGAACGUCGUGUUUAAGGCCUUGUGAAACUGUUGUAACUUAUAGCAUUGUGUUUCAUAUUUAGUGCCUGCCUGCCUGCAUAAUUUGGCAACAUAGGUUCAACCUAAAGGUUUUUUGCAUAGAGCAAUUCAAAUCUUGAUCCUCAA